AAAAGUGAUAUUGUUCAGUCUCGUAAUAUGCUCCAGAAUUAAGACAAAAUAUAACAAGUAUUUGCAAGUAGCACAGACGAAAUGGGUACACUCUUUACAAGCAAUAAAAUAUGUCCACACGUAUUUUAAAGUUCAUGCAGUACAACCACGUUUCGGUGAGCGACUGAUCCCAUGCAUGUACACACUAUGAUGUUCACAGACCUAUGAACUCGCCUAACGAUUCUUCCAUCGCUCAGAAACGUAUUAGAUGUACUAGAGAGGCUGAGAAAGUAUCUCCCUCGUCAAAUGAAUUGUGACUGGACCUAUUAAAUCCACUUCCACUGCACAAGAUCAGAUUUUUAAUACUCGUUUUUCAAGAAUUUCAUUCCGUCAACAACGAUUGAUACAGUAAUUUCUUUUCGGGUUUUUUUUUUUUUUUUUUUUUUUUUUCAUUGAGAUGUUGUUUAGAACUUUUUAAGUCUUAAUCGUGGGUGACACAUGUUGGGUUUGAGAAACACCAGCUUCAUCAAAAUAUCGUUCAAACUCAGCAUCACCAUGGCAACAGCACGAAUGCAGAGGACAGUGGCAACAAGACUGAUGCUACUCCUGGCGAUAGUCGCCUGCAAGCUGGGCGUGGAUGCCAAGGUGGACUAUGUGUGCACCUUCGGACCAAUGCUUUCAACGCAAGGUCCUGAUGGCACUCUACUGCACUUCUGCUCCACGGGCAUGCAGCCACCAUUCGUGACUCGCGGCCAUUACAUCGUGGCCACUGACAGCGCCAACCCGGGCAGGUGCUUCGAGUGCGUGUGCGAGGAUGACAUCGGCAUGGCGUGCUGCGAGAGGCCGUGCCCGUCAAAUUAACAGCCCCCAGGACUGCACAAGGCGACAAAACAUGCUCACACACGCAAUCACUGGAAUAAACUUGACAUGGUUUUGUAUUUCUACUGUGUACAUUAAAUGGUUUGUUUUCUGAA